CACUAUACCUGAAGACUUAAAAAAUACUUUUAACGAUAAAUACUCAAGGGUAGGAGCAUUGGGGAUUCAGUCAACAUCUGUGGAGACGCCCAUCGCCUCAUAACGGACCCAGAUUUAUAACUAGUGGGGAAUUUAUUGGCAGUUUGCGUCGACUCAAGGUUAAACUAACGUUACAUAUUGCACUGGUAAAUAUGAAGAGUUGCGGAUACAAGUACACUAUUCUUGGGGGAGAAAAGAGGACUCUCUUCUCAUAAGGUGUCAGAGAGAAAAUACAUCUCUGAGAAUAUGGUGAAAAAUAAAAAUGGAGAGCGUCUCAAUCGCUCCUCCACAUGCAAGACAAAAAAGUCUGACUCACAGAUUGCAAGCUGCAAGGACCCGACACUUUCGGAUAAUCCAGCCGAAAGUCACAUCCCUGCUAUUUCUCCAGAGCUGCAGACCACUGGCCAAGGUCAGCUGGGCUUUUCAGACAGCAUCUACUUGCUGGCAUCAGUCAUCUUCCAGAAUAAUCACCUGGAGAAGCCUGCUGCUCAACGGUUGGUGAAUUAUGGCAAAGAAAGAGGGCUCUCAUUACCUGAAGUCAAAGAUGAGGAGAUGCAGCGUUCAUCUUAUGAGCUGGCCUUCAAUACACUUAAAUACCAAGAGCUGCUGGAGGACAUCAUGAUUGACAGCUGCUUUUACCUCACUCAGCCAAUGCCAGAUGAUCAGAUGGGCCUUGUUGCCGUCAUGCUCUAUGACUUCCAGGACAGAAAGUUUCUCCCGCGGGAACGCCAACAGGGGGACGAGAUCGAACAGGAAGUUAGGGAUGUGGAGAACUACCUCCUCAGGUUUAAAACGAAGCUGGCGGCCUCUCUGGCCCGCUGCAGGAUCAAACAUGAUCUCUUGUCCAUUGAGUGCAUCCUGCCGGAGAGUGUGAAGAUGAAGCAGGAGAGAUCAAGCAGCCUUCCACUCUACGCAUGGGUCAACACACUGGAGAACAGCCUCGAUGAGGUCCAAAGUGUGCUGGAGAGUGCGGGCUUCUCGCAGGUGAAAUCGAUGGGGCAGCUGCAGGACAAGACCUUCUGCCAGGAUCCCCACUGUGGGGAUAUACUGGUGUUCCCUGCUCAGCUGAAAGCUCAGCUGUAUACCACCAAGCUGCUUAGCGACCACAAACUCAUCAUCCAGGAUAAAUCUUGCCACCUGGGCCCACAUGCAGUGUGCUCCCUGCUACCAGAGGAAGGAGACGUUCUUAUGUCGGGCUGCUUCUCUGGCCUCACUGUCUCCCACACUGCCUCCCUAAUCGCAGAGAAACGUAAAGACAGCAGCAACGACCAGCCCAUAGUCUACGUCUGUGUCAGUGAUCGUACAGAUGCCCAGAGGGAGGAGCUGCAGCAGGCCGUCACUGCCAUGGGCUGCAAGAAUGUGAAGCUGAUACCAGAGGUCUUCCAGUCUUUGAACGGCGGUGACAAGCGACUUCAGGAGGUGCGCGUUAUCCUGUUGAUCCCCAAGUGUUCUGUGUCUGCAGUCAGCAACCCGCUUGAAUUCAUACUGCAAGAAAAUGGAGACACAGAACUGCUGCAGGACUUAUCUCAGGGCUCGAUAGCCCAGAGCAAACUGGAAGCUCUGGUAGCCCAGCAGAGGAAGGAUAUUGAUCAUGCCUUGAAGUUCCCCAAGGUUUUGGCAGUGGUGUACUCUACCUGUUCGUCAUACCAAGAGGAGAAUGAGGCGGUGGUGAACAGAGCACUAGAGCAAGCCAAGGCUCGCUCAGAGCAGGAGGGGGAACCUAAACAAGCCAAUUUCAGGCUUAGUCCAUCCCCGUUCAGCAUUCCUGACCAUGCCGAGGGUCCAGAGGAAACAGAGCCCUUCUUCAUGUUGGAGCCCUCAGAACAGAGCAAUGGCUGCUUCCUGGCUGUUCUCAGUAGAGAGCCUGAGCCAGUGGUCAAAGAGACACCACAUGAAGUGCUUGUCAGGGCAAAUGCUAAAGGCCUUCUGGAUAAGAUUGGCUCCCGAAAAGAACAACAUGGACACACCAACAGGAUGACAAAAACAACCCCAUCCCGUAACUCUCAGCUUCACCUCUCUGUCAGUAUUCAAUCCAAAAACCAAGAGACCAAGGGCAGCAACAGCACUACGUUGUGUGGACAUCAGGAAUUUACGAACAGGCGGCAGUCAUCACAAGGAAAAGCCAAAGCACUGCACCUGAAGGUCUCACAGAACACUGUGUCCAGCUCCUUCUCUUCCCCCAAACUAGAGAACAGCGCACCCAAGAAAAGCAUCACCUCUGUAUUAAAAGCUACAACUUCCACCCCCUCCCUGCAUCCCGCCCCUCUUCCUGCUACCCUCGCUGUUCGUCCCCGCAGAGCUCCUCAGGAGGUGCUGAAGCCUGUGGUGCUUGUCCUGCCUCCCGUUCACUUUCCCAGCUUCUUCCAACCUCAGUACAGCCGAACACGAUUCAGCCCCAGCUUCAACUACAACAAGUGGAGGAACCCAACUCAAAGCGCACCGCUCUCCCGCACCAGUGGCGGCCUCUCUAAGGAUGCUAUGGUCAAAUCCCGGCCUCUGUUAUAAGCUGACAAACAAAUAUAAAAGAAGUAUUAAGAAUUAACUUUUGUGCCAAAUGCUUUCUUAAACAAACUCAGUAGUGUUUAAAUCUAACACCAACAUACAGUAUGCACAGUGUUAUUGAUCCGCCAAAUGACAUAGAAGUCACCUUAAAAUGCUUUCUACAGCCAUUAUUACUUGUCACUAUUACAAUGUCAUUACAGUGUCUUUGAGUGCCAUAAAGAACAACCUUGCCACAGUCAGAAACUAAUCAAAUUGCAUGUAUUAAUAGGUCUGAGCCAGUGUCACUACAUGAUGAAUAGCUAUUACAUAGAGUUCCACUGACCUGAAAAGGAAAAGGAGCAUCUUCAAUUUUUCUUUUGGUAAUGCAUUUAUUGUCACAACAGAUUACAUUUACAUGGUGUCGAAAUGAGUGAAGAACAGAACUCAAAUGAUUUACAGUCGUUCUCGUUUGUUUUUUGUGUGUGUCUUUUUCAUUUCUGUCAGACUACAUUCACAGAGUUCAUGUGGAGUGCAGGUAGUAGCCAUGAGCCAUAGAAGCAGUGUAAAUGUUUCUUUUGUGUGUGUGUGUGUGUGUGUUUGUGUGUUUUUUUUGUGAGUGGGAGUAGACUGGCUGGAUUUACCGAGGAAGGGAAACUAUAGUUAACCCUUACAGUAUGGUACAGAUGUCAUCUUUUCAAUGCUGUCCAAGCAGGACAAACUCUAUUGUGUACCACUGUUCAUAUAACCACGAGCGCUUCACAUCUGCCAAAGUCAAAGCCUGGAUCUGUAUUUUCUUGCUACUACAUAAAUCUUGGGUGUAUGCGUAAAGAUUCCUGAGGAAAUUGUUAAGUUUGAACAUGAACAAUGUAACAUUCUUGA